UUUCUCAGGACACUUGCGUGAUUCUAUUGCCCAUUCCUUAUUUUAUUUAAAAAUUUACUGAAAAAUCACAUAAUGCUUACUGGGGCCAGACAUUAUUGUAAGCCAUUCGGGAGAAUAAUUGUUUGAAAAUCAGAAACACCAGGGCCCCGUGAUGUUGAUAACUAUUACUGUUCCCACUGGAUGGAUGAGCGGACAGAGGCGCAGUCAAAUGACCUCCCGUCUCAGUGGCUUUCUUGUUGCCGAGACACAAACCUGACGCCUGCAGCUUUGAGGAGGAGAGGCUUAUUUGGCUCAGGGUUCAGCCCGUGGUGGGCAGGCUGGAAGGUAGGAUGGUGUGGUGGACGGGGCUGGCGGAGAAGAGCUGCUCACGUCACGGUGGACAGGAAGUGGAGAGCGAAACGGGGGUUUGGAGGGAGAUACGGACGCUGUCUAGGAUGCUGUCCCGGGACCUGACUUCAUCCACUAGCAAGCCAGCUGCACCAUCUGUUCCCUGUGAUCCAGUGACCUUCCCAACACGAGGACUUUGGGGGCCACUUCAGCUCUAAGCCAGGACCCCCCCAAGGUCUCGGAGCCGGUGUGUGGUCCCAGCAAUCUGACCUCAGGUUCUGUGCUGGAGCAGCAGCCUGGGCUCUGCAGAGGCAUGACAGGGUGUCCCGUGCAGCCCUCCCACAGUACCCGCCUGCCCUGGCCCAUCUGUUGGCUCCCUGUCCCCGCCAGCCUGGACAUGCAGCAGCACCCCCAGUGCCAGCGGGCUGCAGGUUGAGCGUGACUGCACCAUGUUGUGUCCAUGCUCCAGUCUCCUGGACCUGUGGACCUUCUUGGGCAUGAGAGCCCUUGGGUGGUGGUUAAGGAUCCUGAGAUGGGAGGACUGUCCUGGGGUGCUCAGGUGACUGGUGUUCUAACAGAGAGACAUCCGGGGCAGGACGCACAGAGGGGACUUGGAGACAGAGGCGGAGGUGAUGGGGAGGCAGCCGCAGGCCUAGAGACCGAGGGACACUGGAGACACCGUGAGCUGGAGGAGGGGCUUGGUUGUGCCCUGGAGCCUCCUUGACUCUGGACCUCUGGCUUCUGGGACUGUGAAGGCAUAAAUGUGCGUGGGUGUAAGCCAGCAAGGUCCAGCUCAUUGGUACCACGGCCUCGGGCGCCCAGCACAAGGGCAGAUGGACCCUCGUGGGGCAGGUGUGGGGAGGCUGCUCAGUUCUGGGUGUGUGGCGGGGUGCAGGGAGCCCAGGGUCUGGCCUCCAGGGGUCACCAGCGGGGCCCUUUGCAGCCAAGCUCCCUGUGCAGCCAGGGCUGGCAGGGACUGGUCCCUGAAUAAAGCAGUGAACGAUGUUCAACUCCCGAAGCUGCUAAAGGCACUGCGUUUUUAGACAGGUGAGAAUUUGAAAGGAAGGAUUUAGAAGCACCACACUUGCAGGGGUGACAGUGGCAUUUGCCGUUGGAACGCAUAGGACCUCUGAGCAGAAGCCACUGAGGAAGUUCCAGGCCAGGACUUCAAGGGGGUAGGCCGCAGACUGUGCGGAGCUGCAAAGGCGGCCUGUCCUGGUUUGAAUUCCCGCUGGAAACGGCCGCAGAACCCUCCUCGGGUUGGAGGAGGACUCCUCCCAUACUCUCCAAAAGCGUCAGAUUUCAGGAGAGAAAGAGAGGUAUUUUUUAACCCUCCCCCCUUAUUUCUAACCAGCGGGAAACUCUCUGUUGAAUUCAUGCUGCCACCCAGUUUCAGCAAAGAUCUCACUCUUUAAGCAAAUUUGGCAAAUACAGAUGAGCAAAAUGGGGCAUACCCAAGCCACUCCAAACCGAGGUAACAACGGCAGUAGCUUGGUGAGUGUAUUUGUGUAGAGGCACUCACACAGAGGUGCAGAAAUAUGUUGGUUUUGGGUAAAUGUUAGGUUCAUGUGUUUAGCUUCAAAAGUGGCUGCUUCACGUAAUAGCAUGGAAUAAAUUGCCUGGUCUUGCCUUUCCGCAUAUUCUCCGAGACAGAAGCGGGUGGGGUGGAAGGGAAUGCUGGCCGAAGCCCAGCCCUUUGGUGGGGUUGCAGUGGCCUCUUCGGUUCCCCUGUGAGCUCUGAGCUGCGGCAGGCGGGGCCCUGAUCACUGCCAGGGGUGUGCAUGGCCCAGGUCCUUUGCGAGGUGGAAAGAGAGGACGGCGUCCCCGGCGUCACUCAGCGUCUCACGUGCCCCUUCUCUCCAAGCACAGAGUUUAUUUCUCCUGUAGGAUUUCACUUUUCCGGUUCCCGUAUGAGGCAGACGCGGAACCAAGGGCAGCGAGUCUUUCUUCCCAAUGUCCGCCCGUGUGGUGUUGCCAGAGCAAAGCCCGGGCGGCCGGGGAAACGAAGCCAGGGUAGCCUGCAAAGUCCAUGCGAACAGGAAGGGGUCUGCGUCUGUCCUUGCAUGUGGUAUUUGUUUGCCAGAAGCCCUGGCCCGUCCGUGAGAUCCCUUUAGCAUUAUUUCACCAUUUUGGACACGUAUCACCGGAUGUGACCAUUCUGAUGUCACAACGUCAUAUUACGAUGCCACGACUGUCUAUGUCAUGAACUAAUCUGUCCCCGAAGCUACGAAACUUCCUUCAGAUCCAGUUCAAGGAUUUGACCAAAGCAGCUUUUCAGCGGUCGCCUGUCUCCGCCCCUGCAACUUCCUUCCCGUCAGUUUUGCAGAAAUUCUUUUGGACUGGAAAGCCUCCAUUUAACUCAUCGGCCACCUCUGAGCAUCAAUGCCUGCGCGGCCCCUUUAAGCCGAGAUGAAAGACCAAACGGCUCCUUCCAUGAGAUCUUGCAAGUGGACUUUGCAGUCGACAACAGCAGCGACCUGGCUGGGGCCCAGCAGAUCACCUGGCAGGUGGAGUACCCAGUUGAGGACUCCAUGAGCGAGCUGGUCGUCUCCGAGAUCUUCAUCAGCCAGACCACCUUCGUGGGCAUCGUCCCUCUUGCAAUGGACACAGAAGUUUUGAACACUGCCAUCCUCACCGGGAAGCCCGUGUCUGUCCCUGUCAAGGUCGUCGGGGUCCAAGAGGACGGCUCUGUGGUCCACGUGUCAGAGUCCGUGGAGUGCAAGUCGGCAGAUGAGGAUGUAGUGAAGGUCUCCAACAACUGUGACUCCAUUUUUGUGAACGGGAAGGAGAUGAAGAGCAAAGUGGACACGAUCGUGAACUUCACCCACCAGCACUUCACCUCCCAGGUGGAGGUCACCGUGUGGGCGCCCCGGCUCCCCCUUCAGAUUGAAAUCUCGGACACGGAGCUGAGCCAGAUCAAGGGCUGGAGGAUCCCCGUGGCCUCCAACAGAAGGCCAACCCGGGAGAGUGAGGACGAAGAGGACGAGGAGAAGAAGGGCCGGGGCUGCUCCCUGCAGUACCAGCAUGCCCUGGUGCGCGUCCUCACCCAGUUUGUGGCCGAGGCUCCUGACUUGGGCCAGCUGAGCUACAUGCUGGGCCCUGACUGGCAGUUUGACAUCACUGACCUGGUCACUGAGUUUAUGAAGGUGGAGGAGCCGAAAGUCGCCGAGCUACGGGACGGCAGGACGCUGGCCGGUCGGGAGCCGGGAAUCACCACCGUCCAGGUCCUCUCGCCGCUCUCGGACUCCAUCCUGGCUGAGAAGACAGUGAUCGUCCUGGAUGAUCGGGUCACCAUCUCUGAGCUGGGCGUGCAGCUGGUGGCUGGCUUGUCUCUUUCCCUGCAGCCUCACAGAGCAGACAAGAGGGCCAUUGUCUCCACAGUGGCUGCCCAGGAUGUUCUCCAAGCCCCCCAGCAGGAAGCAAUAGUCAGUUCUUGGCUUUUGUUCAGUGAUGGCUCAGUGACGCCUUUAGACAUUUAUGACCCCAAGGAUUUUUCCAUAACCGUAUCAUCGUUGGAUGAGAUGGUGGUGUCCGUGCAGCCAAACCUCCUGUCCCGGUGGCCAGUGGUAGCUGCAGAGGGGGAAGGACAGGGGCCCCUGAUUAAGCUGGAAAUGAUGAUCAGUGAGCCUUGUCAGAAGACCAAGAGGAAGAGCGUUCUUGCUGUGGGUAAAGGGAAUGUCAAGGUCAAGUUUGAACCCAGUAUUGUUGGACACCAAGGGGGCAGCAAUGAUAUUGAGGGCGUUAACCGGGAAUACAAAGACCACCUCAGCAAUUCCAUUGAGCGGGAAGGAAACCAGGAGCGAGCCGUGCAGGAAUGGUUCCGACACGGCGCAUCCGUCGGGCAGGAGGAAAGGACCAACAAAAGCACAACCCUGCAGUCUCCCGUGGGAGGAAAGGGUGAGAAGGUGCUCAAAAGUGGUGGUGCCGACGCCUUCACAAGCUUCCCCACUCAAGGGAAGUCGCCUGCAUCCAAUAACCCUAGUGACCUUGCAAUGACCUCCAGGGGCCUCACAGACCUGGAGAUCGGCAUGUACGCCCUGCUCUGUGUCUUCUGCCUGGCCAUCUUGGUCUUCCUCAUCAACUGUGUGGCGUUUGCUUGGAAAUACAGACACAAAAGGUUCGCGGUGAGUGAGCAAGGCAACAUCCCCCACUCCCACGACUGGGUCUGGCUGGGGAACGAGGUGGAACUCUUGGAGAACCCAGUGGACGUGACUCUGCCCUCCGAGGAGUGCACGACCAUGAUAGACAGGGGGCUGCAGUUUGAGGAGAGGAACUUCCUGCUGAAUGGCGGUUCCCAGAAGAAUUUCCACAGCCAGUUGCUCAGACCUUCUGAUUAUGUCUAUGAGAAGGAGAUGAAAAAUGAACCCAUAAGUUCUGCGGGCCCAAAGAGGAAGCGAGUCAAGUUCACUUCCUACACCACCAUCCUCCCCGAGGACGGCGGCCCCUACACCAACUCCAUCCUGUUCGGCAGCGAUGACAACAUCAAGUGGGUCUGCCAGGAUAUGGGUCUGGGAGACUCGCAGGACUUUAGGGACUAUAUGGAAAGGCUGCAGGACCAGAUGUGAGCUCCUUUUUUAUGUUUGUAUUCACCUUUAUGCCUUCUGUUUUCAGGAUGGUGGAGCAGUGAAUCUGAUCAGCAAUAGAGAUGACUUCACAAAGUUUACUGGUGGGAUCUCUACCUAAGCAGGCUUCAGAGGCCUGGAGAGCUAUGGCCACCGGGUUUUAACCAGGAAAUGCCUCUCAAACAGCUACACACAGGGCCUGGAGAAAUUCGGAGACAACAGUCUAUCUCCUGCCUGGUCUGAGCUCGGUGCAAGUAUAAUAAACCUGACCCCACAGACAUUGCUAGUCAUCUCCUGGCAAAUGGCCAUGUGGUGUGUAAUUAGGAAGGAUUUGGGUGGUGAUUUUUCUAUUUUUAGACCUUUUAAAGCACAGUGGACACUUAGAGCCCUUGGCCUGAGUUUAGACAUAUGUGAGAGAUGACUGAAUGUAGCUUCCUUGUUUGUUAGGAGCGCUGCUCAUUAUUUUUUAUAUACAUUUGCACCCGCACAUGUUCCUUUGUCCUCUGGAUUUUUUGUGAAAUAUGACGCGAAGAAACUUCAGUCUCUGCUCUGACAUCUGUUCAGUUGACAUGCGUGUUUCACUCCCUGGCACUCACCUUGUCCUGUCACUUCCUGGGGCCCUGCAGGAUGUUGGGUUUGUCCAGCUUUCUGCACUACUGAGGGGCAGUGUCUAAGAAGUUAUUCUUAUUGUUUUUGUUUCUUUUUGCUGUUCAACUUUCCUGAAUAAGACCGGGAUGGGGUUUUACUUAAAGUGUUACUGUCCCACGAGGGAGGCCCAUUUCUUUACAGUUUUGUACACGAAGCUUAAAACAUUUGGAGAAAAGUUGUGACUCACAAACAUUUGUUUUUGUCAUCUGCUCGUUGAAAAUUCUGGGGAGCUCCUGAAGUGCAUUUCUGAGGAGAGAAAGACCCCAACAUAGCUGUACUUAUAGCUGUAUUCUCUGUGGUCAACACAAUGUAUUAUCCAAACUGACAUCUAAAAGUGGAAUUGAUCCUACACAGAAAGGAAAUUGCCUGGGAAAUAGUUUCAGACUGAACUUUCCAUUUUACUGGAACACAAAAAUGUUUUAAUGGUGUUUAAAAUUAGCAAUAUAUAGAAAUCCUCCAUGCAGUGACCAAGGAAACCAAAUCUCAGUCAUGGCCCUGACAGAAUUAAACGUUUGCAGGUAUGUAUUGGUGGAGAAAAGCAGUAGGUUCCCUCUGAAUUCAUAAAAGUAAACGGUUGCUCCACAGCCUAAGAAGCUGUCCUUCCGAACAAUCUGCCGCUGUGGAAAAAUCAAAGUGGUCAGAGAGUAAAAAAGAUUCCUGUGUAAUCUUAAAAAUGUUACUGAAAAACAUCAUGAAUGGUCUCAGGCAGAGCAAGAUUUUGAAAUAAGCAAAAAUGCAAGUUUUAUUUGUUAAGAUGGCAUGGGUGGAAAGGGGUGAAAUGGCAUGCCCCAUUAGGAGUUAACCAAGCCAUUUGCAUCUCUGAGAAAUGGAAUUCUAAAGGCCCCAAGCAAGAAGGACAUGGACAAGGUCACCUGCAUCAGUUUCUUGGCUCCAAAAAGUUGGUGACCAAGCUAUUCAGAAGAGAGCUGGUGUUGUGCAGUUGUUCUCUUAUUUUAGAUUCCCAUGGGUGGGAACAUGGCAGUCAACCUCUUUCAGCUAUGACGCGGCAGACAGAAAGUCCAUCCUGUGUCUUCAACUACAGUGUCUUUGCAGACAGGGCUGGCACUGCAGGGGACCUUGGCCUAACCUCCCAACGCUGGAGACUGGCGUUCUGUUGGUUCUGUAAGCGUUCAAAGUGGGACUUAGGGACCAAAGCUGGUGGGGUUCUGAGGAACCUCAGUUUGACUGGAGAAUGGAGCCAGGGUAUCCAGGCAUUAGCAGCUCAGGCUUUGCAAACAGAUGUCUGGACCUCUAGGAAAAGCCCCUCAGUUAGCCAGCAGCUUUCGAAGAGGUUGCUGGGCAGGUGGCCCCAAGGCUGGCAGAAGAAAAGCUCAUGCACUAAUUGACACACUGCUCUCUGGGUAAGUCCUGCUCCUCCUAUGAGGCAUUCUCAUCUGGUCUCCCCAUUGGGUCUUCAACAUUAAUGAGAUCAUGGGGGUUCCUUCCCCAAAGUGAGGAGCCUCACCUGAAUGGAGUCUCACACUCACAGCUGGCUGCAUCCCCCUGGCACAGGGAGAUUGGGCAGUGGUGUAGUUCAGAAGGAAAUCAGCAUUUGUACGUGGGGCGACAUUAAGGAACAAACACACUGGAGCAUUUCCUGUAAGCGGAGAGUCUGAUGGGGGCGGGUCAAGGAGCAAAAGGUCGGUGCGCCUGUGGAGCUGGGAACUGACCGUGGUCCUGAAGUUGUUCUCAUGGACUGUGUGGAGUCACCCAGAGGGAAUCAGCCUCUGUAUCUGUGCUGGUGUUAGCAUUCAGUCAGUUCAAAAUAAAAGUCAAAUGGAAGGUGGUGGUGGGUCCCUUUCAUCAUACAACAUUCACAUGUAAAUACAUGACAUAUGCCCACACGUGUGUGUGCGAGUCCUGAGGAGUCAGAGAUAUUUAGUGGGAAUCAAGAGCGGCUGUUGUCAUCUCAGUUUGGCAUGGACAUUACUCAGCCAGCAUAAGAGAGUCUCACAGAUGCAUUUUGUUCUGUAAAUAUUGCUCGAGAUCAUAAACCAAGGCUUAUGUCCCCUUGUUUUCUAGCUAGUCAGCUACAGUUAUUGAGCAUUAUACUAAACAAUAUCUAAACUCAGUGGAAUAAUGUAAGAUAGUUAGCUUGGGAAUUCAGUUGCCCAGAGGGCAUGUGGUUUGCCUGGAUUCUCUAGGUUCGUAUGGUGGAGGCAUCCAAAUUACGGGUCUCGUAAAUAACCUGAGCCAAAUGGGGGCUAUCAAGUCCCAACCUUUCCCACAAGAAUGGCACGCUCAGAGGAAGGAAAAAGGAAACCUUUCCAGUGGGCACCAGGCAGUGAACCCUGUGGUCACACUGAGGAGGGCUGAGAUGUAAGACACCGAUCAUACGACCUGGAGCAGUUGAAGGCUCCUGGUCGCUAUUUCCAGAGUCUAGUUGCACGGCUUUUGGGGCCAGAACACAGGGAUCGAGAAGCAGCUGCUGCACUACAGAACUGGAGUUUAAACAGAGAGGUGUGUUCUACUUGAAAGUGUGAAAAAAAGACCAUAGCAGUUUUCUUUGCAAGAACAACGUCUGUUACACUGCAGAAUAUGCUGUGUGCUGAGAGAAAGAAUAAUCAACUACCUAAAGGUUUCUGUUGCACACUGGCCAGGGUAAUAAAUUCUCAGACUAUAAUAAUCCUUAAUGUCUAAGCCGGGAAUUUCUAUUUAUAAAUAUGAAAGGAGUGAACACAUGGAUUGAUUUUUGUCCAUGGCCAUAUCUGUAGACUAAUUUGUACCUUGCUAAUUUUAAGUUUUACAAACAUUUUGAUCAACAUUCUUGUUGCCUUUUUUAAAGAAAGGGGUCUCUCUAAUGCUGGGAUGUUGAAAAAACAGGAAAAAUUGUGUUUCUCAGUGAAGAACCUCUUCUAGUCCAGCAGCAACAAUCACAGAGGGUGGUUUCAUCUGAAUUGUACAUGUCAUUGGCACCAUUGGGGAUUCUGCUCUAAUCUCCUGAGAAAUGGUCUCAAUUCUCUGUUGUGUUCUCUGUAAAUGAUACCAUAGAUGGUUUAUAAACUCAGUAACCCUUCCCCCAAUAAACAUGGUACACGUGUAAUGUAAUGCUGAUCACCUAUUUUGUAAAUGGACAGAAUGGGUGGUGGAAAAGUUACGCUGAAAUAUGGAUAGCAGCUAUUUUUGUAUGUAAUAUAGGCAGUAUACUGAAACUCUGAGAGUUGUGUUGGAAUAAAUAUCCUUUAACAUAAAGCAUGCAAAACUGUAGCUUUUAAAUGUACAGACAACCAGCUCAAAAAUAUCUAAACUGAUGGUGGGAAAAGUAUUGAAGCCUGGCAUCGGGAAGUAGGAGAUCCGUUCUGGACAGUCCAUGGCUCGUGUUGGGAUUGUUGGUGGAAUUUGCCAGAGUACUUUGAUCUUACCCUUCAUUACUUUUGGAUUUUUCCUUCCCCCCCCCCCUGGAAAUCUUUCAGAAAUAAAGUGACUUCAUUUUCCAGCAUAAACGUAUAUUCUAACCACAGGGUAAUUCAUCGUUUUUAACAUGACAAUAAACAUUUAAAUAUCCUUCAGUUGGUUUCAUUAUUUUAUCCACGUAUUUCCAGCUUAGUUUUGGCAUCUGUUUGACUGGUGUAUAUAUGCAUAUAUAUGUAUAUUUUUUUCUUUCUUUUCAGUCAAAGAUUUUAGCACCCUUGAUACAGCAAUAAAUGUACACCAAAAGUAAACAGUCCCUAAAGUUGCAAAUUUUCCUGUUGACAACCUCCCAUUGGCUCGGCUGAUAGGCAAGAUGUCUCCUGAAAGUGGGCCCAUGUGUCUGUCAGCUUCUCAGGGCUCCCCCUUGAAAUGGUGCUGAGGCACCAAUUGUGUGGCAGCCUUUGGCCCCUGGAACCCUUUUGGUCUUUACUUGCCAGUGGCUUGGUUAUGUGUCUGUAUAUGGGCAGGGGCUUUGGAUGGGGUCGCAGGUUCCGGGCACUGUGGACCCAGACAAGCAAGCUGUAGACACAGAAACAAAACUGUAGACAAUGGGUGCUGUGCUUUGAAGCUGGUACCGCUGACAGGUUGAUGCUGGUGCUGGCUGGGCCCUCCUGGGCUCUUUGUUGGUGUGAGUGCAUUUCUCGACACUGCCAGCACCAUCUGUGGCACUUUGGUAAAUGCCAGCCCUUGCUUUCGGGAUGAAUUUGGAUGUCCCUUAGCAACACCUUCCCAUGCCGUAAGAAUGUCCACACCAUAUCCAGUCUUUCUCCAGUCCCUAUGGAUGCCUGUAAAGGCUGGCUGAGGAAAUCUAGGGUGCGGAGUAACAGCUUUUCUCUCAUUUAAAAUUUCAUCAACCAUUGAGCCAGAAAGCUCUCCUGGUGGCAGCCCCACCCCAUUAGAACUCUGGGUAACUGUUUCCCUCCAUGAGCUUCCUUGUCUUCUUUCUCUUUGGAACACAGGACCGAGCCAUGGGACCCGGCUGUUCAUCCCAGUUAUCAGUGUGCAUGUACAGGGUUUAGUAAAACCUGUCUCAAAAAUAGAGGGGAAAAAGGAAAGUUGGAAAUGAGAUAGGCAAUAGAGUGAAGCUUCAUGCUUAAAUUUGUGUGUACAAGUGAAAAAAUGCAAUGGCCUGCAUUUCCAUUUUCCUUUAGGCAUUGAAAUUCUUGAUGCCCCUUCAUUCCUUUAUGGCUUUGUACAGUUUAAAUAGGUUAUAGAAUAUUUUCGUUGUUUGCUUUUAGAAAUUUCUAAAAGAACAAAAGUACGGACACACCCUAACCUGGGCUGCGGUGUUGACCGAGUUCUGUGGCUCAAGCGGGGCACCAUGGGUUACCAGAUGGGAAAUAAUGAUGCAAGUCCAUUAGGGAAAUUGUCUUCCCAGCUCAAGGAAGCAAUAAUAUUUACCAACCCACAGUACUGGACAAUCUGCGUGUUCUGUGAAAUGUCUUUAAAAUUUCUUGGGUUUUAAUUGCUGCUCCUGGUCAACCGUCCAGGUGAAGCACUGUAAUUAUAUGUUAAGGACUGAAGUCUCUUUGGAUGUUGCCAAAACAUAGAGAUGACCUUUGUGUACAUCCACACUGCCCAUUGAAAUAAAGCACUUUGCAAACAGA